UCGCGCAGUGCAUUGUGGUCUGACCCCUCUUGAAUCGUCGGUUGUUUGGCCCGCUCGGCUCACACUCAGCAAAAUGGCGACGUCCCUGGGAUCCAACACCUACAAUAGACAGAACUGGGAAGACGCGGACUUCCCAAUUCUGUGUCAGACAUGUUUGGGAGAAAACCCGUACAUCCGCAUGACCAAAGAAAAGUACGGGAAGGAAUGCAAGAUCUGUGCUCGACCAUUCACUGUGUUCCGGUGGUGUCCAGGGACGAGAAUGCGUUUCAAGAAGACAGAGGUCUGUCAGACCUGCAGUAAAAUGAAAAAUGUUUGUCAGACAUGUCUGCUGGACCUGGAGUAUGGUUUGCCCAUCCAGGUCAGAGACACUGGACUGUCCGUUAAAGAUGAGGUUCCAAGGUCAGAUGUGAACAAAGAGUACUACACACAGAAUAUGGAGAGAGAGAUAGCCAAUUCGGACGGCACACGGCCAGUGGGCCAGCUCGGUAAAGCACCCAGCUCUAGUGAUAUGUUACUGAAACUGGCCCGGACCACUCCGUACUACAAGAGGAACCGACCGCAUAUCUGCUCCUUCUGGGUGAAGGGAGAGUGUAAGAGAGGGGAGGAGUGUCCCUACAGGCACGAGAAGCCUACAGAUCCUGAUGACCCAUUAGCUGAUCAGAACAUAAAGGAUCGUUACUAUGGUAUCAAUGACCCUGUGGCUGACAAGCUGUUGAAACGGGCCUCAACUAUGCCCCGAUUGGACCCACCAGAGGACAAGUCCAUCAGCACCCUCUACAUCGGGGGUUUGGGGGAUACCGUCACAGAUGGAGAUCUUAAGAGUCACUUUUACCAGUUUGGUGAGAUUCGCACCAUUACAAUCGUCCAGAGGCAACAGUGUGCCUUCAUCCAGUUCGCCACCAGGCAGUCAGCAGAGACGGCUGCUGAGAAGUCCUUUAACAAACUCAUCAUCAAUGGACGUAGGCUCACUGUCAAAUGGGGAAGGUCUCAGGCAGCAAGAGGGAAGGAGGGCAUUAAAGAUGGAGUCAGUGAGAUGGGUACCCGACUGGAUCCUGUACCUGGACUGCCUGGAGCUCUUCCUCCACCACCAGCUUUAGAUGAGGAGGCCCCUGCGAACUACUUCAACCUGGACCCUGGCACCUCUCCUGCUGUCAUGAACAUUGCUUUGCCUCCACCUCCUGGCAUCAACCCACCUCCUCCAGGUUUUGGCCCGCCAAUGUUCCACCACAUGGGUCCCAUGGCUCCACCCAUGCCCCCACCAAUGAGCAUGAGACCUCCAGGUCAAAUCCACUACCCCUCUCAGGAUCCUCAGCGCAUGGGUGCCCAUGCCGCACACGGCUCACGUCAUGGCGAUUAGCUGCGGGAGUUAAAUCAUUCUAUCAAUAGGUGUCAUUCUUCUCUUCGCGUUAACCCUGGUCAGGUGCUUUCACUUCAGAUGCUGUCAGCAGGCCCAAAACCUGCCGAUAGCGUCUGGGAGAAAUACUAAGCAUAGAACCCAGUCGCAUCUUACAGGAAAACAUCUGAUUUAUUAUGCCACCCGCAGAGCAGUGGAACUGCACAUUCUGUGUUGAAUGGGACAAGAACAAGGACCCUACAAGAUGACUUUUUCACCACCCACAGAAAGAUUAAGAACAGGAUCUGAAGAGCUGGAAGAGAAUACGGUGAAAGACUUCAAACCGGUGCAAAAUGGCUCUUGUGAUCAGGGCCACAUGGCUUAACAGGCUCUUGUGGUUGGAGCUAUUGUACAUACAAAAAUGUAAACAAUAGGUUCAACUUGUAUUUGUCAGAUUGUGUAAAGUAUCACAAGGAGUAGAACUCAGAGAAGCAUUUUUAAACCUUUUUGAUUUACUGCUACAUUGACUCUUUUUUUAUGUGACACAUUGAUAUUCCACAACAUAACGAUGUAGUUUAUUGGUAGCCUUUCUUUGACUGUUGUUUCACUUCUUAUUAAAUUGACUCAGUUCUGUCAUUGAUCA